AGGGCAACAUUUGUCCAUUCGCAGACUAUAAAAGCAAGAGAAGCAGCUGUUUUUAGGGUUUGUGCUUCGUCUACCUCCAGCUCUCUUUCUCUCUUCAUCCGCCUAAGCCGCCGAAAAUGGUGAACGUUCCAAAGACAAAGAAGACGUACUGUAAGAGCAAGGAGUGUAGGAAGCACACCUUGCACAAGGUGACACAAUACAAGAAGGGCAAGGAUAGCUUAGCCGCACAAGGGAAGCGGAGGUAUGAUCGCAAACAGUCAGGUUAUGGAGGACAGACCAAACCCGUCUUCCACAAAAAGGCUAAGACCACCAAGAAGAUUGUUCUGAGGCUCCAGUGCCAGGGUUGCAAACACGUAUCCCAGCACCCAAUCAAGGUCAGAGUCUUAACCUCAAGCUACACUUUUCUUUUCCUGCCUUUUGUGUUACACCCCUUACUUUUACACAACUGAAUUUUUGUUGUUGCAAUUGGGUUUUGCAGAGGUGCAAGCAUUUUGAGAUUGGAGGGGACAAGAAGGGGAAGGGAACUUCUCUCUUUUAGGAGGCAAACUUGGUCAUUUUCGUCUUGCUAUAUUAUGUUGCUUAAAUUUUUCUCCUUGUUUGAGCUGGAAUGCAACUAUUAUGAUACUCCAUACACUUUGUAGUUCAAUGCCAGGAAUUUUGAUGUUUGAAGUUUGGUUUUAAA